AUGACGGACACGAAAAUCAUCACCGCAUCAUCGAUGCCGGAGUUUAACCCGACAGAGAAUUGGAAUUUGUGGUUCGAACGUCUCGAAUUACAUUUUGUCGAAAUUGAGUGCACAGACGAAAAGCAAAAAAUUUCAAUUUUAUUGAAAUUGAUCGGAGCAGAAGCAUAUCAAAUUCUGCAUUGUUUAUGCAGUCCGAAAUUACCGAGCAAAGAGAAGUACAACGAUUUGUGUGCGUUGAUGAAAGCGCAUUACACACCACCCGUAAUUGUUUUCAACGAGCGAAGAAAUUUCUACGCAGCGAAAAUGGGAGCCGACGAACGUGUAGCAUCGUGGUUCGCACGUGUGAAGAGGUUAUCACUCGAUUGCAAAUUCGUCGCUGGUGAUUUGGAACGUAUCGUUUUGGACAAAUUUGUCGUUGAAUUGCCAAGCAAAAUAUUCGAAAAACUUUGCGAAGAAGACGAAACGCUGACGUUGCAAACUGCAUUGAAAAAGGCGAUGAUGAAAGAAACAAAAAUUCAACAAUCGCAAAACAGCAGCGUGGACGUGAAUUUCAUCAAAGCGCGUGGCAAGCAAAGCAGCAGCAACGGCAACAACAACAACAAUCGCAAGAAGAGCUACGGUAACGGGAAAUCGAAAAAACCAUGUGGGCAUUGUGGUUGGAAGAACCACACAUCAUCAUCAUGCAAAUACAAGGACAGCGACAUUGAACCAUGCGAUGUGACGAAUUAUGACUACCCAAUUUAUUCAAUUGAGGGCUCGGAAGGGAACGAUCGCUAUGAGUUAACUGUGCUUGUGGAUGGAGUCAGGCUUACGGUUGAAUGUGACACUGGUGCACCAUGUUCGCUCAUAUCAAUUCACACAUUUGAUAAAUACUUUGAUCGAAGAGUUUUGAAACCAUGCAACACACCUUUCUCCGGAUACACAGGUGACCCAUUGAAGAUCAUUGGUGAGUUUCAAACAGUUGUUAAUUACAAAGGUCAAAAGAUAUCAGGAAUAAUUGUAGUGACAAACAGUGACCGACCGACUUUGUUAGGUAGAAAUUUUCUGCGUGCUUUUAGUUUUGAAUUAGUACAAACAAAUCGCGUCAACAAUAUUUUUGCGCCCAACGAAAUGAUUGAUUCAAUCAAAAGUGAGUUUCACGAAGUUUUUAGUUGCGGUUUGGGAAAGUAUAGCGUCACGACCAUUAAAUUACCCAUUCAAAAAGAUGUCACACCGAUUUUUUGCAAACCUCGCCCUGUUCCGUUAGCAUGGCGUGAUAUGAUAGCGAAACAGUUAGAUGACUUCGUUUCAAAAGGAAUACUUAUUCCAGUAGACAAUUCGGAUUGGGCUACACCUCUUGUGCCAUUAUUGAAACCUUCUGGCGAUAUUCGCAUUUGUGGUGAUUACAAAGUCACAAUUAAUCGAUUUUUAAUCGAUUUCAAAUAUCCAUUGCCACGGAUUGAUCAAAUUUUUGCUUCAAUGCAAGGAGGUAUUUUGUUUACUAAACUUGACAUGUCGAAUGCAUACAAUCAGUUAGUUUUAGACGAUGAAGCACAAAAAUUGUGUACAUGGAGUACACACAAAGGCAUUUUCAAAAUGACACGUUUACCGUUUGGCGUCAAAAUUGCCGCCGCACUUUUUCAAAAGACCAUGGAAAAUCUCCUAAGUUGCUUCUCAAAUGUAUUCUGUUAUCAAGAUGACAUUGUUGUCACCGGGCCAACUCUAGCAGAUCAUUUGAAAACGCUAAAACAAGUUUUGAUUAAACUUCAGACAGCCGGUCUCAGACUAAACGUCAACAAAUGUGAAUUUUUCAAGGAAAAAAUUUCUUAUUUAGGAUUUGACAUUGACAAAAAUGGUUUAAGUCGGAACAAAGAACGAAUCAAGUCCGUUCUCAAUUCACCACGACCAAGGGAUGUCUCUGAAUUAAGAGCAUUUAUUGGCAUGGUAAAUCAUCAUUCAUUUUUCAUCGAAAAUUUCGCCCAGAAAAUGACACCGCUUUACCAUUUGUUACAAAAAAAUGUUGAAUUUAAAUGGGAUCAGGCUUGUCAAAAUGUAUUCGAACACAUGAAAACAGAAAUCUGUUCUGAUCGAGUUUUAGUUCAUUUUAAUCCGAAAUUAUUAAUUAUUUUGUCUACAGAUGCCUGUAAUACAGCCAUUGCUGGUAUUUUAUCUCAUAAAUAUGACGAUGGAACCAAGAGACCUAUUGCAUAUGUCUCACGCGCAUUAAAUAAUGCAGAAAAGAAUUACAGUACUAUAGAAAAAGAAGCAUUAGCCAUCAUUUUUAGUGUGAUUAAGUUAAGACAAUAUUUAUUGGGCAUGUUUUUCACGCUUGAGACUGAUCACAGGCCGUUGAUAGCAAUUUUUGGCGAAAAUAAAGGCAUUCCUUUAAUGGCCGCUGCUCGUAUGCAGAGAUGGGCGUUUCUUUUGUCUGGUUUCAAUUAUUCUAUUCAGUACAUUAAAGGUUCUUUGAAUACGGCUGAUAGUUUAUCACGUAUUGCACAAGUUUCUACAGCGGAAGAAACCAAGGAGAGUUCAUACAUAAAUUAUGUAGGUUCAAACAUCAUGAAAACAUUAACGUACAAAGAUAUAGCCACACACACUCGACGAGAUCCAAUUUUAUCAAAGGUUCACGAUUGUAUUCAACAAGGAACUGUCGAUCAGCUUCAAGGCAGUGAAUAUACAUCAUUUCGAAACAAAGCAACUGAAUUAUCUGUUGAAUCAGGUUGCAUUCUUUGGGGCUAUCGCACAGUCAUUCCAAAUGCUCUGCGUAAGAUCAUUUUGCAAGACCUUCACGCAUCGCACAUGGGAAUUGUAAAAACGAAAGCGUUAGCUCGUUCAUAUGUUUAUUGGCCGCAUAUUGACAAAGAAAUUGAAAAUUUGAUAAAAGGUUGUAUUUAUUGUCAAAAGACUCAAGCAAGUCCUGAGAAAAGUACUCUCAUGCCGUGGACACCCACUGAUUCAGCUUGGAAACGUGUUCACAUUGACUUUGCAGGUCCCGUUCGAGGCUAUUAUUUGUUUCUUGCAAUCGAUUCAUAUUCCAAGUGGGUUGAAGUUUUCAAAACCAAGGAUAUGACGUCUGCAUUUGUCAUUCGUAAAUUAAGAGAAAUUUUCUCACGAUUUGGUUUAAUCAGCAUCUUGGUUCAAGACAAUGGAAGACAAUUUACUUCUGCUGAAUUUAAACAUUUUUUGGAAAUGAAUGGCAUCGUAUACAUAUACACCGCACCUGGACAUCCAUCGACAAACGGCCAAGCCGAGAAUUUUGUCAAAACAUUGAAAAAGUCAUUAAUUGCAACGAUUGAGGAGAGCAAAAUAGGUGACUUCGACACCAUUCUCGAUAGAUUUUUGUUUGACUAUCGAAUUACAAAACAUUGCACAACUAACGAAACUCCUGCGAAACUCCUUCUCGGAAAAGAAUUAAAAUCGCGUUUUAGUUUGCUAAAACCGCCUGUAGUUACAGAUGUUAUCAAAGAAAAGCAACAAACCGCAAUUAAAAAUUAUAAAGGAAAUCGUAACGUAAAUUUUUCGGUAGGACAAAAAGUCUAUGUAAGAGAUUAUCGAAACCCAAACAAAGCAAGUUGGUCACAAGCUACCAUUAAAAAUAAAAUAGGACCACGUAAUUAUACCUGUUUGUUACUCCGUGAAAAACGUGACAUUAAACGUCAUAUUUAUGAUGAAUUCCCUAAAGUCAAAUGA